AGAGCAGUGUCCAGGGCAUGCCGGGGCAGGACAGUGCAGCUCCUGGGUAAUGGGAGGGAAGGACGGUGUUGGUGAUGAGGCUCUAGGACUCCUGUUGAGGUCCAGGAGACCCAGAUCUGAAAGCUGGGGGGACUUCAUACUGGGCUGGACUUCAUACUGGGACUUCAUACUGGACUUCAGGACCGGGGCUGAAGGAAGGGUAUUAAGCCUGGGUGGAAGGGAUAGCACAAACAGAAGGGCCACCGAGGGAGGGGCAGGUGGGGUUAGGGGUGUUCCUCUCUGCUCCCUGCCAGAGCCCAGCACUGGGCAGAGCUGCCUUACCCAGUCCAGUCCCGGAGACAGGAUGAUGGGGGCUUCCCAGCUCCAGAUCCUGUGCCUGCUGGUAUUCGGAGCUACCGGGUCGUUGGCGUCCGCAGCCUGUGGGCAACCCCUCACGUCCAGCCGGAUCGUGGGGGGCCGGGAUGCUCGUGAGGGAGAGUGGCCCUGGCAGGCGAGCAUCCAGCACCGGGGGACGCACGUAUGCGGGGGGUCGCUCAUCGCAUCCCAGUGGGUGCUGACUGCAGCACACUGCAUGGCCAGACAGGCACUUCCAUCUGAGUACCGUGUGUGCCUGGGGAUGCUGCGCCUGGGCCCUGUGUCACCCCCGGCACUCUCCGUGCCAGUGUGGAGGGUACUGCUGCCUCCAGACCACUCUAUGGAUGCCACCCGCGGUGACCUGGCACUGCUGCAGCUACGCCACCCAGUACCAAUGAGUGCCCACAUCCAGCCCAUCUGCCUGCCCAUGCCUGGUAGUCACCCACCACCCAGCUCACCCUGCUGGGUCACCGGUUGGGGCACCCUCCGCCCAGGAGUGCCACUUCCAGAGUGGCGUCCCCUGCAAGGAGUGAGGGUGCCACUGCUGAGCUCACGCGCCUGUGACCGCCUGUACCAUGUGGGCACCAGCAUCCCUGAGGCGGAGCGCAUAGUGCUGCCGGGAAACCUCUGUGCUGGCUACCUCAGGGGCCACAAGGAUGCCUGCCAGGGUGACUCCGGGGGACCUCUAAGCUGCUUGCAGUCUGGGCACUGGAUCUUGGUGGGUGUGGUGAGCUGGGGCAAGGGCUGUGCCCUGCCCAAUCGUCCUGGUGUCUAUACCAGCGUGGCCAAGUAUAGCCCCUGGAUUCAGGCUCACCUCAGCCUCUAAUGCUGGGUGGUUUUGGUGCUGCUGACCUGGAGCCUCAGCCUCGAUCCAUCCAGGACCUGCACACAUCCUCCUCUCAGAGAUCCUAAUGGGCCAUCCAUGUACUCUCCAUUCCCCUGCCUCUUCUCCUCCAGGGCACUCACUGAAUGUGAUUCCACAAGCCAGCAAUCCAGGGACCUUCUGUGUGUCCUGGGGGCUCACUCUCCUCCUUCCCCUCCAGUCUCAUCUUUACCCUCAGCUCUGGCCAGGGAUGAGGGCAGGACAGCAGAUAUAGGCAAACCAGCUGCCCCUGUCUGGCCUGUGUCCCCCUUGUUUUCUUGAGGAAGAUAGACAUAUGCAAAGCAUAAGAGAGAUUCAACACCAAGGAGCGUCUCCGUUGCUGGCUCUGAAGAUGGAGGAGCCAGGAACUGAGAACAUCCUACAGUGGCCUCUGGUUGACACCCAGCAGGGCACAAGAAUCUGGGACCUCCAAAUGCCAGUUCUGUGAGCCCCACCCUGAUGACCCCUUGCCCUCAGCCUAGCGAGACCCUAAGCAGAGAACCCAUCUGAGCCACUGGAC